GCUGGGAACCGCCCCCCCCAUCCGUCCAGUGCGCAGGCGCGGGAAGAUGGCGGCGGCGGCAGCGGCGGCGGCGGCCGAGCAGCAAAGUUCCAAUGGUCCUGUAAAGAAGUCCAUGCGUGAGAAAGCCGUCGAGAGAAGGAAUGUCAAUAAGGAGCACAAUAGUAAUUUCAAAGCUGGAUAUAUUCCAAUUGAUGAAGAUCGCCUCCAUAAAACGGGAUUGAGAGGAAGAAAGGGCAACCUGGCCAUCUGUGUCAUUAUCCUCUUGUUUAUCUUGGCUGUCAUCAAUUUAAUUAUAACACUUGUUAUCUGGGCUGUGAUUCGCAUUGGACCAAAUGGCUGUGACAGCAUGGAGUUUCAUGAAAGUGGCCUGCUUCGGUUUAAGCAAGUAUCUGACAUGGGAGUUAUACAUCCUCUUUACAAGAGCACGGUGGGAGGAAGGCGAAAUGAAAAUUUGGUUAUCACCGGCAACAACCAGCCUAUUGUCUUUCAGCAAGGGACAACAAAGCUCAGUGUAGAAAAGAACAAAACUUCUAUUACGAGUGACAUUGGUAUGCAGUUUUUUGACCCGAGGACUCAGAAUAUCUUAUUCAGCACAGACUAUGAAACUCAUGAGUUUCAUUUGCCAAGUGGAGUGAAAAGUUUGAACGUUCAAAAAGCGUCUACUGAAAGGAUUACCAGCAAUGCUACUAGUGACUUAAAUAUAAAGGUUGAUGGGCGUGCUAUUGUGCGUGGAAAUGAAGGCGUAUUCAUUAUGGGCAAAACCAUUGAAUUUCACAUGGGUGGUAAUAUGGAGUUGAAGGCAGAAAACAGCAUCAUCCUAAAUGGAACUGUGAUGGUCAGCACAACUCGCCUACCUAGCUCCUCCAGCGGAGACCAGUUUGGUGCCAGUGACUGGGUGCGCUACAAGCUCUGUAUGUGUGCAGACGGAACUCUCUUCAAAGUACAAGUAACAGGCCAGAACAUGGGCUGCCAGACCUCAGACAACCCCUGUGGAAACACUCACUAGAAGAACCCGAGAGGUUACCAGUGUGUUCAUACCUUGACUUGACUUUUUUCUUAAGAGUGUGCAUGCAAGUCAUGUUUUUAGGGAGUUUGCAGUCACUCUUAUUUUAUCUACAGAGCACUACUGUACCUAUACUACAAUCUCCAUAUUUUAAAAGAUUCUCAGCCUAAAUUUUAAUACAUUUCAUUAAGUUGCACUGAUCUUCAAAUUAGAGUUCUAAACUAAUUAUCAGAAGUGAAUACAACCAAAAUUAAUCUUUAAAGAAGUGUUUUUAAAAUUCCACUGUCCCUUGUCUCUAAAAGGAUAAAGGGCUGCAGCAACUGUUCAGACUCACUAUAAGUAAGUUUUGGUAACUAAUGGGGAUACACCCACUUAAGAUGUUUGAAAGGUACACCGUUAAUAUGUGUUGCACGUUCUGUCUUUGGGCUUCUAAGAGGAAAGAUAGAUUUUUAGUGCAUUAAUUUUCAGCUAUAUUCUCAAUGCAAGUGAAGUCAUUAGAGAACUUCACAUUUGUAAGCUGGUAAGAAACCAUGGUUUCUUAGUUUUACACUAGUAUGAAAACACUUUGUAAAGAAUGUUUACCUGUUAAAUAUUGUUAAGUAUGAAGUGUUCACAGUGUGGUAAAAAAUUGAAACACAGUCUCAGCUUUAACUAUGAAAUAAUAAUGAUAGCUGUCAUUUACUGAGCAUCUUACACAUCCUGGGCACUGUCCCAGGCGCUGCAUGUGUAAUAUCUCUUAAUUCUCCCCGCAGCUCUGUAUGUCUGUGGUAUUACCCUAGUAUUACCCAUUAGGAAGUUAAGAAACUUAAGUAAUGUCACAUAGGAGAUAGCCAGGUUGGGACUGGAAUUCACAUGUGAUUCAAGCCUGUAUGUACCUGUUUCCAAAUACUGUGUUCUUUUUACUAUUUGCGCUGAAGUCUUAAUACUUAAAACUCUAGAAAAAUGGAAACGACUAAUUCAAACUCCCCUAAGCAGAGAAGAUUCAAAUCAAACAGUCAUGCUUACUCUAAAAAAAACCAAUCUCAUGUCCAAAAAAUGGCUAGCUGCUAUAAUCAGGUUUUAAACUAGCUUAAGCCAAUUCCAAAAUAUUACACUAUAGAGAGGUCAAAUUAGCCUCAUUAUAGGUUAGUCCAGUUUCCUAGCCAGUGGGCCUUGGCCCCUUGGAGUACCUGAAUUGGGUGGAAGCGUUCCUAAGAUAUUUAUACCCUCAGCCCUCUGGGUGACGCAGUGAGAUGUGGGAGGCCGUGGCCCCCAGGCAAGUCCUCGGGGCUGGGAGUGGUUGGUAAGUUUACCCCAGGGUGCCAUUUAAACAGUACCCAUUUUAGUGUUUGCCAAGCCUUGAACAAAGUUGGGAAGCACUGGAGUAAAGGGUGCUGAUACAGGAAAUAAUUUUUAAGUAAAUUUUGAGUACGUAUGAGAACUGAUCUCUGCUCUUCCUUAUCACAAUCCCAUUGUAACAAUUUACAAUCCUCCAGCCGGUUGAUUUUUAAUGUAUUUUAUAUUUGACUUAAAAGGAAUUCUCUGAUACUAUUAAUCAUACACACAGCGUCAGGGGCAGGUGUUUUCAACAUAGUUUGCUGCAAAAUAAGCAGUAGAGAUAAAUCAUAAGCCCCACUCUGCAUUCAAGUAUAACAGUAUCCUGUCGUGGUCACUUAGAACAGUGUAGAUAAGAAAAUCAAUACAAAAAACAAUCUGCAUUCAAUACAGUCACAGUUCUCUCUGAUAGAACAACCAAAUGCCUUAGAAAUUAUGAAUAAUCAUUAAACUAACAGAUCGACUUAUUAUCUAACAGUGCAGUUUUUAAAUGAAGGAAAGAAAGAACUUUAUGACCGCUGAGUGCUAUUAAUUGAUGUGAUAUUCAGAUCCUAGUUGAAUAUAAUCAGUGUCACUUAAUAUUUGAAUGAUAUUCAAAAAAACCCAUUGAUAUUUUCAUUCAGAUGCUUAGUAUAUCUUUAAUUUUACAUUCUUUACUUGUCUGCUCUAUUUAGAUUUGUUCUGAAAGUCUCUUUAAAUAUUUUUGUAAAAACCACAAAAUGCUGUUACAAAGUAUUAUUUAUUGAAUAUAAUUCAUGAAGCAAUCUAUUUUUACUCCUCCUUGAGAAAUACUUGUGUUUUUGAUACAUCUCCAUUAAGUGCUUUUGACACGAGAGGAUAUUUUGAUGUUUUUAUAGAACUGAUUGUAAAGGUAACAGGUCUUGUAUUUUAGGACACUGUGCAGGUAGCCCUUGCCUUUUCACUGAUGUGUAGACCUGGAACACUCACUGAAAAUGAGAUGAAGAACAAACCGUCCAUUUCACCUGUGAUCCGUUUUUGCAUAAUGGUAAAGCUUCAGCUACUCAUCCUCAUCACCAGAUGGUAUUUCUCAAAAACUGAAAUGGUGACUUUGCCCCUUUCUGCUGGCUGUUCCUGCCCUGCUCGGAGCACAGAUAUGAUAAGCAGCAGACUCGGGGAAGGUAGACAGGCAAAGACAGGAUCCCAGGAGAGCGGGGUGGAUACAUGCUUGCUUAAAUAACCCCAGUACUUCCCAGAUAGGUUGCAAUGACAAGGGGACAAGUGAAAUAAAAACAGCAUUUCAGAAACCGUCCAAUGGGCAGCUAGGAAAAUGCGAAACAACGCAAGGGGGGACUGCCUAUACACGGUCUGCAAGAUUUAAAAAUAUACCUACUUGUGUUCUUUCUGCAUUAUGAAAAAAAUGAAAUACAUUUUGUGUGAUAAUUUUGAUGAUGAAAAGUGAAAGUUCCACCUAGUUUCGAAUGAAUUUUUUUUUUUAAGAGGAUAAGAACGUUCUGGUGCUAAACUUGACAAAAAAGAGACUAUUGAAAUGCUGAUAAUUUCAGUAGUCUUAAAAAGUGUUGAGAGGGCAAAGACUACAAAUUAUGGCAUAUAAAAAUAAACCUAUAACUCGUUUCAGAUUGUUAACCUGAGUUUCAGUUUGUUCAAUUUGUAAUAACUAUUAAUGAUCUCUGUUUACAAUAAAGACUCCAUAAAUUGUU